GUUUUGACGCCGUACUGCCAAUGAUACCGUUGUUUUUCACAAUUGGAAAAAUUUUUGCUUUCUCGGAACCCAAACAGGGGAAAAGUCUCGGCGGGGGAAGAGGGAUAGCUUAGCGAAGGCGAAGAAGAUGAUUUCGGUGAAGAAACUGACUAGAAAAUUUCGAAAAUCUCGAGAUGACAAGCUUUCUCUGCCAACUCGGGACGAUCCGGAUCUCGACGGUUCUCGUCCGAUGGAUACCCAAGAGCAAGAGGAGUUGGUGAGAUCACUUGAAAAGAUGCAAGCUAAGCAAAGUAUUCAAUGGAGGGUUGUGUUUGCAGCACUUCUCUUUUGUUAUGCUGGGUUUCUUAUUUAUUCCAUUUAUCAGCAAGCUUCAUUUCCAUGGGAACUGCAACACCAUGCUUACUUCAUGGAGGAGGUUGACUCAUGGAUGAUAAUAUCUGCAGAUUGGAUAGCUGUUUUAGCAUGCUUGAUGGCCAUUGUUGGAAUGCUUUAUAACUCAAGGGAUCACAGACAAUGGAUUUGGUACUCAUGCUCAGCUGGCCUUGGUCUUGCAGUCUUCUGGUUAUAUUACAUGCUAAGAUUGCCAAAAUUUCGGUGGGAUAUUAUCUGGCUUCCAUUUGGCCCUCUGAGUGGAGCUGGGAUAUGUCUCUAUGUGGACCAUCUACUUGCUGAGUCAUCAGAAGAAGUAAGAAAACUCAGAGGCUAUAUGUAUGCUUAUAAAGCCAGCUAGUGAGCUAGAAGCCAAUUCCAUUUCCACUCAGGGUAAGAGAGCACUGAGUUUAUAUGGUUCCAGGUAGUGCAUUGAAAAUCAGAAGCAGCUUUGAUAUGGCCAAGUGUUAAGGAGGAUAAAUUACCCGAUUCUACUUGUUCGAUAGUUGAGUUCUUAGUCUUAUGUUCAUUCAGGUUAUAAUGUUAUAUUCCUAAUUGGUUAUUCUCUAACAAACACCGUAGCUACCGCCUGAGGACUUUUCCUUUCAGGCGUGAUUGCAUAGAUUGUUCUUUUCUUCUAUUGUAUUGAUUCCUCUCAGUUACACCCAUAUGUAUAUAUUUUUUGGUUCGUCUACAUGCUAAUAACAUCUCACCUUUUUG